CUCGUUCUCGUCGCAUGAAAACUGAGCAGGCCAGCGGUGAAGAAGAGCAAAAGAAGAGGAAGAGAAGAAGAGGGCCACAGGCCUGUGCACCGUAUCCCCGUUGGCUUCUGGAUCCUUUACCACCCAGCACGGAUUGUUCAUUGAGAGUUUGUUUGGAAAAGGUAUGCAGUGAUGCUUAGCAGAAUAGAGCCGGGCGAGGAGAGGAAGGGCGGAGGAGGUGCCCCCGCAGGAGACGUGCUCGGCACAGUGGUGGUUCCCCUUUUUUUGCCUUGGCGUGUUUCCGUUCCAUUUGGAUCGGUCCUUCCGCAUUCAUAUACUAACUGUUAUCUGGCGCAAGGACAGCGCUGUGUUUUGAUAACCUAUUGUUCUACAGAUGUCUACUGAAGAAUUAAAUAAUGCCACUAAGGACUUAUCUUUAGAUGAGAAGAAAGAUACCACAGUUUUAGAAAACGGUGAAGAGUUCAACGUCAAACACCCGCUCAACUCCAAGUGGACCUUGUGGUACACCAAGCCACCUGUCGACAACAACGAGAGUUGGGCAGAGCUUUUGAAGCCAGUUGUGAGCUUCAACACGGUUGAGGAAUUCUGGGGGAUUUUUCACGCCAUUCCAAAGGUGAAUGAGUUGCCAUCGAGAUCGGACUACCACUUGUUCAGGGACGACAUCAAGCCUGAAUGGGAAGACUCCAAGAAUGCACAGGGCGGUAAGUGGUACUGCCAGUUCAAGGGCAGAAGAGAAGAUUUGAACGAGCUUUGGAUCAGAGCCCUUUUAAGUGUCAUUGGUGAAACCAUCGAGAAGGACGAAAACGAAGUCAACGGUGUUGUUUUUAACGUCAGAAAGGGUAUUGUCAAGAUUGGUUUGUGGACCAAGUCCUGCGAUGAGGAGAAAUUGAGAGCCAUCGGCGAGACCUUCAAGAAGGUGUUGAAAUUGGGUGACGAAGACAAGAUAGAAUUUUUGAGACACAAGGAUUCCGAGAUUAGAGGUGCUAAACCAAUGAUUAUUAUGUAAAUAAAUAAGCAAACAACUUAACCGGUCAUUAACAAACAGACAGAGCAAGAAGCCGUAGUAGUUGAUCAAUAGAAUCGAUUUGAUUUGAUUUGGUUUUUGUUUAGUUCUUUUUUUAAUAUUCCUCCCUUCUUUCAUUACUCUUGUUUUUAUAGUCCCCUGUUUUCCUAUUUUCCCUAUUUCCCUAUUUUUCCCACUUUCAUGUUAGCUUUUCAGAGUGGAGGAUUUUUUAGUUGAAAUAAUUUGCUAUGAAAUCAAAUAAAUGCUAGUAGCACGUGAGAG